AUGCAGCAACACUACACCUCGCUCAGUAGCAACGGAUCUAGUAGCGCUCAACAGCAAACUUACGGAAGUACCAGCAACAACACCACCACCACGAGCACCACAAGCGUGAACAACAACACCACCACGGGUUCAGCAACCACCAACACCACCACAACACCUUCCUCUUCCUAUAACUCAUCUCCACUACCACCUUUAAAUUGGACAAAAUCAGAAACUUCAUCACCCUCUCUCUCAAAUUUAGAUUAUGGCUCGUUGCUUCCUUCUUCUCCUCUGGUUUCACCCAAUGCUUUUCCUUCUUCGGCAGUUUCACCAUCUGGGAUGAUGGUAGGAUGUGUUUCGACUCCUCCUUCCAACCAUCAGGUAACCAAUUCUCAACCACAACCAUCACCACAACAACCACCUCACCAUAAUCCCUAUUAUACGGGAUCGAGCAGUACUCAUGGUGCCUACUCUUCCUCCUAUCAUUCACAUCAUGGUACUUCGGGUUAUCACUAUUAUGGUCAUCAUCAGAACCAACCUCCUCCACCACCACCUGCACAUCAUCACCAUUAUAUGCCUCCACCUUCCAUGCCUCCCUCUCACCAUCAUCAUCCACAACAGCAUACGUUUCAUGAAAAUGGUGCUUCUAGUAAUCAGCAACAACAACAUUUACCACCACAACACACCAUGAUGAUGAAUAAUACUCCGCACCAGCAGCAAGCAUCAACCAUGUCGUAUCAACCAUCAUCAUCGCAUCAUAAUCACCACCAACAAAAGGGAUCUUCUUCGCCCUCUACAUCGUCCGAUUCUAGUAACACUUCUUCUUCGACUGGAGAUGCAACACCUACCACUGGGAAUCGAGUCUCAUCCUCACAACUUUCUAAUAGUAAUACCUCACAUAGUACUAAUAACAAAACAAACAAGUCGCAGAAUAAUGCAGACAUGACCUCAGACAUGAUGUCUUCAGCUACCACUACUGCUCCUUACUCUCCAACACACACCACAUUUUCUGAGUCAGUGGCAACACCUGCAAUGGAUGACACCCAGGGAGGUCAGUUCGCUCAAAUUGCCUGCACGAAUUGCAGAUCCAGACACAAGAAGUGCACUCGUGAGCUUCCUGUAUGUACCUACUGCAAAAAGAUGGGAAAGCCAUGCAUCUAUUUGAAGAGUAGAAAGGGCCAGGAUCAACAAAAUAGAAAAAAGAGAAAAAAGAAGAAAGAUGCCUUGAAUGAAGAUCAUGCGUCUAACUCAACAACAUUGCAACAGGGAAAUACUGAUAAUUUUGCUACACCAACAAUCACAACAGCAUCGAAUAGUAAUACACUAAUGGUUCCUCAACAACCAUUGAACCCAACAAAUAUGGCCCCACCUUCUACAGUCACAACAACAACCGUCAUGGCAUCUGGUACUUCGGCCUGUUUGGCACCUCCUCCCAUUGUAUCAUCAUCAAGUAACAACACAACCACAACAACACCACACAGUGUUGUCGCAAAUUCGUCUUCGUCUAAUUCUUCGACCUAUAACGAUAUGCAUUCCCCAUUACCUUCCUCUGCACAUGGUUCUUCUCCUCUCUUAACACAUCACUACAAUCCAAUGGCAUAUUCCGAGAGAGAUGUUCAAGACCCUACUUCUAUCUCAAUGGUAUUUUCAUCAUUUAUUCACUCCAUGAACUUUAAAAUUACAGCACAUAAAUUACUGGACUUGUACUAUAAGGAGUUAUGCGCUGGAUUUGCUCUAGUUGAUAAGGGGCUUAUGGAAGGACUCAUCGAUCAAUUGAUGGGAAGUGACGGCUCUUCUUCCAAUAACUCUACCAUGAUUUUGAACCAUAUUCAAUUGGAUUCUGUGACACAAGAUGGUCUCAUUUCCAUACUUUACUCCAUUCAAGCAUUAGCACUCCAGCAAAGUGGUGAAUAUGUGCUUAAGGGUGAUUACAGGCAACGGCUCAUGGAAUUUUUACACAAUGCUGCUAAGGAAAAAAUUGCAAAGUAUUUUGACAAUAUGGACAAUAUCUAUGUCGCUGUUGCGUUGCACUAUUUAUCUGACUAUUUGUGUGGUGAAGGAGAUUUUAGAAAAACCUCACUUUAUUUGGCCAUGGUAAAACAAAUGAUAGGACUUCAUGGUUAUGGUGGACCAAAUGAUCACCAAGUAGGCACUGCAUCUGCUUGUUACUCUUCGCAAGAUAAUCCUUCUCUUCCCAAGUUUUUGUUAAGAAUUUUAGUAAGAUAUAAGGAGACUUUCCUUUCCGACUACAUGUCCAAACAAAAUGGAGGGCAAGCAAACAGUGCCAGCAUGAAGUUAUUCGGAGUUUUUGCAUCAAGAGUUAAACUGGACACCAGUUUCUUUGAUAGAGAAAAGGGGUUCAUUGGUAGUCAGUACUUACCGCAUAUUGAACACGUGGUACAAAUUGCUCACACAUAUUAUAGUCUCUUGUUUGAGACCAUGUACCAAGCGCAAGGAGAUUUGUUCUGUAUUUUCUCAAACGUUUUUAUUAGAGAAUUUUACUUGGAUUUGUACAGCAAAGUAGAAAAAGUACCUGCAGAAAUUUUACUCUCAUUUGCAAAUGACAUUAUUUCGUACACUAAAAUGGAAAAGUACAUAUUCGCUCCCUAUGUCAUUGCGAAUGGUAUUGCAAAGGCAGUGUCCGUUCGUUUAGAAUAUUGGAAGCAUACCUAUCAUCCAAUUGAUUUCAGAGAUGAUUUGCGAGCAUUGAAAGUUCUUUCAACACGUUAUGGUGUCGUUCAAAAGCUCUAUGGUGAUCUUAUUAAUCAAAUCGAAAAUGCAAUUCUUUUGCAGUAUAGCAGUAACAGUUCAACGGAGAGAUUGUUGACGAGUGGACUUCAAGGUGUGAACCCUCCUCUCGUGGGAAUGCAAAAUCCAAUUUCCUUUGCUUCGUCGUCAGCAUCAUCGACUCUGACACCAGCAACCACCACAGAAACAACCUCUUCUUCUGAUAUUGCUGCGUCUACUUCAACACCAUCCAACACCACCGAAACUGAACAGGAUGGAACAAGCAUUCCUUCAUUUGAUGACUCGGCUCCACUUACUCCUCUACUUGAUCCCUUUAGUGCUGCUGGAAAUGCAAACAUUCUCACCAUGUUAUUUAAUGAAGUUGGAAAUGAAAGAGGUGAUUCACUCACUGAAGAGUCGUACUUUAUGGAUGAACAACAUUCAGAAUCAACACCCCAAGAAAGAGAUCAUAAUCCAUUCAUUAAGGGAUACCAUCUUGUUAAGAUGAUGAUUAAGCAACUUUCUCGGCUGAAAGAUGCACUCCAAAUUCCUGACAACAAAGUUAGAGAGGAAUCUCUGAAAAAGGCCAAGUCAGAGCUCAUUGAAGAACUCAGCAAGGCUCUUCCAAAUGAUGUUGAGGCAAAGUUUAUUUUAGAGUUAACCAAACAUCAACACCCUCAACAAAUCCAUCCUUGCCAAUACUCUCACUUGGCUUUGUUGUUUGAGUAA